UUGGAAGAAACACAAAUGAAAGUGAACACAUCAGUAAGCACACGUAGUCGUAGUGUACAACACUUCCAGAGAAAUAGAAGAGUAACAUUGGGUUAAUGAUUAAGAGUUUACACUUUGAUUCAUUGCAUGUAACGUUUAAUAGUUAUAUAAAUGGCGAAUAACGGAAGCGUCAGUGUUUAUAUUUACGAACACGAGUUAGAAUUUCUGAAGUGGCUCGUUCUGCAGAAACGUGAUAUUGAAACCGGAGGUGAUUUGUUUGGUUUAUGGCAGGACAAACACACGGCAGUUGUACAACUUAUCUCAGGUCCAGGGAAGGGAUGCAAACGGACAACAACAUCAUUUCAUCAAGACGUGGACUACUUGAAAGAAGUUGGUGAAUAUUUGACUUCCUUACAAGGAUUAUGUAAUAUUGGAGAAUGGCAUUCACACCACAAAUUAGGUUUGGCAGAACCAAGUCAUGGGGAUCAGAACACCGUGUGGAAACAUUUACCCACCGUAGCUGGAGGAAGGUUUAUAGUUUUCAUUGCGAACAUCACAGGCGAACCAGCAAGAGUGAACAUUGGAUGUUUUUUAUUCGACUCAAGUCUACAAAAAAUGCUAACAGGUAAUAUGAAAUGUCUACCGGCAUACUCAAGUCCCGUUCGCCAGAAGGUGGACAUGAAGUAUCACAACAUAACCUCAGAUGCAGAAUAUGGACAAGAUUGGAAAACAUUCAAGCGUAGCCACACCACUGACCAAGAAACACAAACGUCAAAUGAAAAAUUUGGACAAGACUGGGGAACAUUCAAGCGUAGCCACACCACUGACCAAGAAACACAAACGUCAAAUGAAAAAAUUGGACAAGAUUGGAAAACAUUCGGGACCGAGAGUGAUGAAUUAAGAACAAGCGUCAAAUCAACUGGACCAGUAACAGCGGCAGACGCCUCGUCAUCUAAAAAUAAAAGCGUUUGCGACCAGAAUGAGACUAUUGAAGAACAAUACGAUGACCGUCGUCCUCUUAUUUCACACAGUGGCUCUGGUCAGGAGGAAACGAGCUGGAUUAGAAAAUUACUCCGAUUACUAUGUUGUUGUUGUUGUUGCUGUUGUGAAGGAAGUUGUGACGAUUGUGGUUGUUGUUAUUGUAAAUGUCAUUGUGGUUGUGAUGGUCGUGGUAAGAAAUUCAACUGAAGUCAAUUACAUUACCUUAUACAUUGUCGAUACUAUUAUUCUUAGUAAAAAAACGCUUGGAAAAACAUACAAAUUAAACUUAUAGCUAAGUUAAAUCAUGUAUUAAUUUGUCCCAUAUAUGAAAUGUGUUC